CUGGGGGCUGUUUCCAGACGCUGGGUUGCCAUGACAACGAGAGCCUCCAGGAAUGCUAUAGUUGUUACAUCGCUGCUCAGCUACCUCGCGUCUGAGAAGUAGGAUCGUUUAGGGCUUUCCGUUGCAUUCUUCUCAGACCUUUAUUGUCUUCCAAAGUGGCUUACCUUGUUAAAAAGGAGAAACAGACCCCACCAUCAGGCCUUCAAACUAAAAAGACGACACACAAAUAAGCCCAGAACAAAGUGAUGGGGCCAGAGUGUCCUUUUCCCUUGCUUCUGCUGUCCAAGGACAACCGCCUGCUGAAUUUCCAGAAAUGGAGAAUUCAUCUUUAAGCAUAGAAUCUGAGUACAUCAAGAACCUCCAACAGCAUAUUUACUUCCUUGAACUGGAAGCCAAUUUUCUUCGUGAACAAGCUAAAAAAGCCACUAAUCUUCAACCUCUCAUUGCAUCUGAAACAGAACACAUGCUGCAAAAGCUACAGGAAUUACAGUCUCAUUCUGAUGGCUUCCAACUGGAGCUAAAGAGAAAGGAAAGUGGUUUGAACAUACUAAAGAGAGAGAGAGAUCAACUUAGAAACCAGAUCAACGUAGCUGAAGAGCAUAAUUCAAAAGAGAAGCAGGUUUUGGUAGAAGAAAUCAUAGCACUGAAGAGAAAGAAGGAAGAAAAUGACAGGCAAAUCUCUGUGAAAGAAGUAGAGAUAUUGCAUGCUAAGCAGGAACUGGAACAGCAACAAAUGAACCUGAGUAACACACAACAGAGCAUCCUGGUAUUACAAGCAAAGGUUAAGCAACGGUCAGAACAGCAGAAGGCACUGGAGUUGCAACUUUCUGAAAAGAGACAGGAACUCUUGAAAGUGCAGUCUGCUAUGAAUGAAAUGGAAGAUAAGAUCUUUAAGAAAACAGUAGCGAUGCAAGAACAAAUCACUCAUGAUCUACGGAAUGAGAUAUCUUUCCUUCAUCAACAAAUAUGUGAGAGGGAGCUACUAGCAGAACAGGAUUGUUUCUUAAGAAGUAAAAUGGUGGAUGAUUAUGCAGCUUUGACCAAGGAAAAUGCUACACUGCGAUCCAGGCUCUUGGAACUUAUCAAGCAAACAAACAUUGAGAGAGCACUCGAGGAGAGUUAUACAUCCCACUCUGACAGCAUUGCUCAAUUUCUGAUGCUGAAAGACCGUGAAGAUCAUCUGCAACGAGAGAUCAUGAGGCACCAAGAACUCCUGAAGCAAGAAAAUAGCACCUUCCAAGACCUUGAGGAUAAGAUUACUAUUUUGAAAAAAGGAAGCACAUCUUUUAACUUACGUAUUGCAACAAUGAGCAGUCAAGUAGCUGAAGUUAGAGCUUUGAUAGACAAAGAGAAACAGGACAAUCUUGAACUGAAAAGAGACAAAGCUCUGCUGGUCGAUCUUGCAACUAAUCUGCAGAAGCAGCUUGUUGAUAAAGCAGUCUCCUACAGACAUCCAAUAAAAUGUUGCAGCUGGAUGAAGCCAUUUCAGCAUUAAAAACAAGGCAUGCGUUACAUCAGUCUCUUGAAUCAGAAAAAUGGGAUGAAAUCUCCAAAAUGGCAAAUUCCAUGAAGAAACUCAACAAGUCAGUGGCAGACAUUAUAGUCAAAAUGGAAAAAUGUUAAUCUGAGAGUAUAAGUGGGGUGUGAUUUCUUUUGAACAAGAAUUUUGAAUGCUGAUGAACUUUAAACACCAUUUAUGUGGUGUCAUGUAACCUGGACAGUUAUUGGAGGAGUUUUGCCAACGGUUCCUUUCGUUUUAGUCAUUUUUGGAACGAAGAUUUACUUUGUCCUAAAAUAGGCAAAGUUUUUGAGAAUCAAAACUCUGCUGAGAAGUUUAUUUGAUAAACUUAAGAUAGUACACACUUACCUAAAGUGCACAAAUUCAGAAGUGACUUACUGUAACAUAUUUUUGGAUGGUAUUGGAGCAAGUUUAAAAUCUUACUGAUAAUGGCUGAGGCAGUUUUUAUCCCUUUUAAGUUGCAUUUCUAUUCAUACUUACCUGGACCUUACAUCUCAGAAGAAAUAAGGUUGUACUUUAAAUGUAUUUUUCUUUUUUUUAUUUUUAUCCACAUUUCCAUCAAGAUGUGAUAUUAGUUUAAGGUCUCAAGAGUGAUGUCAUAUGGCAGAGAAUGGUUUUAAUUUAAUUUUGUUUAUAUAUUUGAAGGGCUUUUAUUCACAUAACUAGUUAUUAAUUUGCUCUGUGUUAUUUGAGGAUUCCUGUUAAAGUUAUACAAAAUAUAGUGGAAAACAAAUACAAAAUAACUUAACACAAUCAUAAGCAUGUGCACAAGUGUUAUCAGCAUGCAACACAGAAGUACCUUGUUUUUAACAGAGCAGUUCAGUUGACAGCUGAAGAGCCCUGUUUAUUAUAAGUCCUUGAAAUCUAGCAAAAUUAUGCUACCCUUCAAUACAAAUGUUCCCAGGGUGUCUCACAACAAUAAAGCCAGUGCAAAACAACGAAAUAUAUGUAAAUGUUAAUACCAGCACGAAUAAAGUCUUAAGACAGAGGUGGGGAACCUCUGGUCCUCUAGAUGUUGCUAGACCACAACUUUCAUCAACCAUCACAGCCACUCACCUGAUUGGAGUUGGAACCCAGACUAAGGCUCCUCACCCCUGCCUUAAAAAUUAAAAGCCUGGGAAAAUAAAAAAGGUCUUCACCUGGUACCCAAAAGAGAACAAAGUCAGCACCAGCUCAUUGGACAGAGAAUUUAAUAAACCAUAUACUACAAUCAAGAAGGCCUCUUCUCAUGUUGCACCUCUGUUGACCUUAUGCCAACUGUGAAGCUUCCAACUUCAUCCAUGAGGAUUGGGAUUUGUUUGUGUUUGUAAAAGUAUCAUGACACACAGAGGCCUGGUUCACAUGUACCACUAAACAAUGGUUUGAAAUGGAAAUGGACUACCUUCAGGUCGAUUCCGACUUAUGGCAACCCUA